CGCUAACCGAGUCCCAGACCAGGAGAAGCUGCGGAUUAGAAGAUAGGAAAGGGCAGAGCAGAGCAGAGGACAACUUCGCAGCCAUGGCCACCACAACCUUAUCCCUCCAUGGGCUCCCUUCCCCGACGGCCAAGAAGCUCACCUCCUCCUUCCUCGGCGCCCCCUCCUCCUUCCUCCGGCCGGCAGCGCUCGCAUCCACGGCCACGGCCAACCCAUCUCGGAGGGUGUUCGUCGUCAGGGCCAUGGCGCCCCCCAAGCCCGGGGGCAAGGCCAAGAAAGUGGUGGGCAUGAUAAAGCUGGCCCUGGAGGCCGGCAAGGCCACGCCGGCGCCCCCCGUCGGCCCCGCGCUCGGUGCCAAGGGCGUGAAUAUCAUGGCCUUCUGCAAGGACUACAAUGCCAAGACGGCCGAGAAGGCCGGCUACAUCAUCCCCGUUGAGAUCACCGUGUUCGAUGAUAAGAGCUUCACCUUCAUCUUGAAGACCCCUCCUGCCUCAGUGCUGCUACUCAAGGCUGCAGGUGUCGAAAAAGGUUCGAAAGAACCUCAGCGAGAGAAGGUCGGGAAAGUAACAGCGGAUCAAGUACGCACAAUCGCCCAAGAGAAGUUACCGGACUUGAACUGCAAAACCAUCGAGUCGGCGAUGAGAAUCAUAGCGGGCACUGCCGCUAAUAUGGGCAUCGAUGUCGACCCUCCAAUCCUUCAGAAGAAGGAGAAGGUGGUCUUCUAGUCUGUUUUGCUGACAAGCCAGAGAACACGUUAGCAAUGUCCACCUGUACAUUUUGUUUCCUUUUUUGUUCGCCGAUCUGCUGUAGCCCUUCAAAUUUUCCUCCCAUCAGUUUGAGAGCAACCAGUUGUCAUAUCCUUCAGUUGUCGGCUAGCUGUAAUCAUUUGAUUCGGUGUCCUGGAGUGCAGCUGCUAUAUGUUUUGUCCUAAAUUUCCAUCAUUUUGAAUCUGUUGCCCACAAAAUGAACAAGAAGAAACCCAUACGAUUUAUUACAUCUCCAAAAAGAUGUGCUUGCAUGCUA